AUUAGGGGUUUUUUAGCGCACAGGAAACAAAGCCCAAGGAAUCGCAUAUCUUGAUGGCGUCUGUGGGGCUGCAGAUUUUGGGAGUUUCGCUGGCGGUGAUCGGGUGGCUUGGAGACAUCAUCAUCUGCGCUCUCCCCAUGUGGAAGGUGACGGCUUUCAUCGGCAGCAACAUCGUGACGGCCCAGAUCAUCUGGCAAGGGCUGUGGAUGGACUGCGUGGUGCAGAGCACCGGGCAGAUGCAGUGCAAGGUCUACGACUCCAUGCUGGCUCUCCCCACAGACCUCCAGGCAGCCCGAGCCCUGGUCGUCAUCUCCGUGCUGGUGGCGAUCUUCGGCAUCCUGCUGUCGGUGGCCGGGGGCAAGUGCACCAACUGCGUGGAGGAGGAAUCGACCAAAGCCAAGAUCGGCAUCGCAUCCGGGCUGUUCUUCAUCGUUUCGGGGAUUCUCUGCUUGAUCCCCGUCUGCUGGUCCGCCAACACUAUCAUCAGAGACUUCUACAACCCUCUGGUGACCGAUGCCCAGAGGAGGGAGCUUGGCGCUUCCCUCUACAUUGGCUGGGGAGCCGCGGGGCUCCUUCUCGUCGGAGGAGGACUGCUGUGCUGCCACUGUCCCCCGAAGAAGGACCGUCAGUACAUCGCCAAAUAUUCUGCAGCAAGGUCCAACGCUACUGGAGGGGCUUAUGUGUAAAGCCACGAGGGGGAAAAUUGAAUAAAUAGACGGAAUCCCCCCCCCCCAUAGACCUGGUAUCUGGCAGGCGUGCCGCAGAGGCUCCGGUUUCCAUCUCCCCGCUGGUUUGCAGACUGACACCAAAUUCAGGUGGACGUUCCUGGUGUGCCCUUUUUUUUUUUUAUUGUGCUGGACUUUCUUGGAGUUUUGUAAAGUGUUUUAAACUAGCUUUUAGUCAAGGUUGAGAAAUGCAAUAAAAUUCAAUUUUAAUGAAUUGA